GUAUUCUAUGCCACUUGAUCCCUUUGCAAUGACCAGGAGUUUUUAAAAACUUUUUAAAGUUUUCGAUACUUUCAUUAAAAUAAAUUACACUUCGAGCUUCGUGACCUUGGUUGUUGUAAUCAUUACUUUCUUUAUUUGUUCGAGUUGUACAGAUAAAAUAAAGUACAGUAAUAAUAAGCUUUUUGACCUUCAUCUUCUUUUCGUUUGAAUUUGUAUGCACUCAGAUAUUACCGUCGUCAAAUUAUGAAUAGCAAGAACAAUGGUUACGAUCAAGCUGAAUCUCUGACAUGGGCCAUGGAAUUCUUUAGUCGCCUUUCCUUCUUGGAAAUCAAGUUCGCAUCUUCCCCCUUCCUACAGGAAGACUCCAACAUAGUCGUUCGGUCUCCUGGGGCUGAUUUCACUCCUUCUUCAGCUUUUUUGGAACAUUGCCGCUUAAUUGAGGAAGAUUUCUUUCGUCAUCCUCUUCCGGAUAUUGAACGUCGGCGUUUCCUGUUUGAAUGCCCACACAAUUGUAUGAUAUCCAGUAUCAUAUAUCUGGUCUUACUCGCCCUAUUGAUUGGUUCGCCUAUCAACUGGUUCACAGUCAGUGGGGUCUUGACACUACCCGUCAGCGAUUCUUGGAAUUUGUCAAGGCUAUUCACGAGCUCCUGUCAGAUCUGGUGUCGCACAUCACCAAGCAACGUACUUCCAACAUGUUCAGGGGUAUUUCUUCUUUUUGUGGCCCACCUUCAGAUGAACUUCAAAGCUACCUCUUGGACCCCAGAGAUAUAGUGGAUCACAUCGAACUGGCUCAAGCAGUACAAGCCUCUAUACGUAGACGCUCCAGGCCUCGAUCUAAUCGCGUCAUUUCGCCUCAAUCGUCUUCAACAGCUGCAUCUAAUAUAUCCUUUGGCGGCCUGACUUCUAGUGGUAACACGACACCCUCUAAUACCACUACUGACAACACUUCUAUUGUUCAUUCAAAGUCUGCGUAACAACAGUGGUGCGAUGAAACCAAAAAAGUCGAGCCGGUAAUGCACAGUAAAACUGAACUAAAUGUUUUAUUAAUUCGAAAUAUGGGUCAUAUAAAUACCAGUGGCUUAGUUAUUCCUUAUUAGUGUAACCUAGAAGACAUGAAUAGCAGUACUGCAUGUAUUUUUUUUAUUCAAAUUAAACUUUUUUUUAUUCCAUAGGUCUUUGACUACACACGAAACCUACAAAAACUAAGUUAAUACAAGAAAAAAAAAAAACAUAGGUAUGAAAGAAAAAAGAAAAAGUAUCAGAGAGAAGAUUUCUUUAUCAACAGCCGCUCUAUUAGCAGCCUCAAAAAUUUUCAGUGUGAUACAUUUAUUCAUCAUCUUCUUUUUCUUUUUCCUUAUUA